AUGCCAAAUUAUGUAAAUUGGAAACGUAAUUUGGAUAUUUUUCUCAUCGCUGAUGAUUAUAAGUUUGUGCUUGAUACCGAUUGUCCCGCUAAACACGCUGAAAAUGCUCCAGAGGAAGAGAAGGUCGUGUAUAAGAAAUGGAUGAAAGGAAAUGAGAUGGCGAAGUGCUACAUUUUGGCUUCUAUGUCAAAUGUGCUUCAACAUCAGCAUAAUUCCUAUCAAUUUGCUUAUGAAAUCAUGGAGAACCUUCAGUCCCUAUUUGGGACUCAGAGUCGAUCUGCUAGGUCUCUAGCGAUCAGGAGUCUCAUGAAUAAGACUAUAAAGGAGGGCACACCAAUCAGGGACCAUAUCCUUGAAAUGAUGCGUCACCUCAAUCAAAUUUAG